AUGAUCAGGAUCUUCCCGGAUUUCAGCGUUCAGGUGACGGCGGCAGCAGGUGGAGGAGCCGGGGGAAUGCCAGCAGGUUCUGCCGUGGGGAGAGUCCCCGGUGCAACUAACGGGAACCCGCAGAACGUCCAGGGGUUAACGUCUUAUCAGCAAAGCGACCCUUACUGGGAGAGGCCAGCUAAUACCAGUUCCUGUUCAGCCUCUAGGCCCAAGACACUCCACCUUGGAGGGCAACAGCAUACCUCAUCACCAUGGUUGCAGGCUCUGAGGAAGGAGAAGUCACGUGAUGCGGCUCGUUCUCGACGGGGAAAGGAGAACUUUGAGUUCUACGAGCUGGCCAAGAUGCUUCCGCUCCCCGGUGCCAUUACCAGCCAACUGGACAAGGCCUCUAUCAUUCGGCUGACCAUCAGUUACCUGAAGAUGAGGGACUUCGCCAACCAGGGCGACCCGCCAUGGAACCUGCGUAUCGAAGGCCCGCCCCCCAACACCUCUGUCAAAGCUAUAGGAUCCCAGCGUAGGAGGAGUCCCAGUGCGAUCGCCGCAGAGAUCUUUGAGCCUCAUCUGGGCAGCCACAUCCUACAGUCCCUGGAUGGAUUUGUAUUUGCACUAAACAAGGAGGGGAGGUUUUUAUACAUCUCCGAGACGGUGUCCAUAUACCUGGGGCUUUCACAGGUGGAGUUGACCGGCAGCAGUGUGUUUGAUUACGUGCACCCAGGCGAUCACGUGGAGAUGGCGGAGCAGCUGGGCAUGAAGAUGCCACCGGGCAGGGGCCUGCUCUCUCAGGGCACCGCUGAGGAUGGUGCCAGCUCAGCUUCCUCCUCGUCACAGUCUGAAACUCCAGAGCCAGUGGAGUCCAGUAGUCCUAGCCUGUUGGCACCGGACAAUUCUCUGGAGCGCUCCUUUUUCAUCCGCAUGAAGUCCACAUUGACCAAGAGAGGCGUUCACAUCAAAUCCUCCGGCUAUAAGGUGAUUCACAUCACGGGCAGACUUCGGAUUCGGAUGGCACUGACACACAGUCGCUCGGUGCCCAAUCAAAUCAUGGGCAUGGUAGUGGUGGCACACGCCCUUCCUCCUCCCACCAUUAACGAGGUCCGAAUCGACUGCCAGAUGUUUGUCACACGGGUCAAUAUGGACCUCAACAUCGUCUACUGUGAGAAUAGAAUUAGUGACUACAUGGACCUAACACCUGUGGACAUAGUGGGGAAAAGAUGUUAUCAGUUCAUUCACGCUGAGGACGUGGAGGGGAUUCGACAGAGCCAUUUGGACUUAAUGAAUAAGGGUCAGUGUGUGACUAAGUACUAUCGCUGGAUUCAGAAAAAUGGCGGCUACAUCUGGAUCCAGUCCAGUGCCACCAUUGCCAUCAACGCCAAGAAUGCCAAUGAGAAAAACAUUAUCUGGGUUAACUAUGUGCUUAGCAAUCCGGAGUACAAAGACACGCCCAUGGACAUAGCGCAGCUCCCGAACCUGCCGGAGAAAGCGUCCGAAUCCUCCGAGACGUCGGAUUCCGAGUCUGACUCCAAGGAAAACUCCGAAGACAAUGAAAAUUCCAAGUCGGACGGCAAAGGGAACCAGUCGUCGGAGAACAGCGAGGAUCCGGAGUCUGACACCAAGAAGCAGCCCGGUCCUCCCUCGCAGCAGGAGAUGAGGCGGCAGGAGGAGGGAGACAGCUCCAGCAACGCAGAGAGCCAGGACAGCGAGGACAGCCUGGAGCCGUCGGACUGCGAGGGCGACAGUAAAGAGGGGCGCCUCGGCCGACUGGGCGGCCUGCACAUUAAGGUGGAGCGCUAUGGCGACGGGGAAGGGGUGGAGCUUCAGGAUUCGCCUUCCUCUUUAUCCUCGGACGAAGACGAGGAGGAGGAAGAGGAGGAGGAGGAGGAGGAAAGCGGCAUGAAAGACUGUGAGCUGAGCGGAGGGGAGCUGGGCGGGCCAACUCCCAGCAAGCACCAGAAACGCAAAAAGAGGAGGAAAAAGCAGAAAUGGGACGGGAGCAGGAGGCGUCUGCGGCUCUCCUCCGCCACCCCCAGCCCAGGAGCCAUGGACCCCACUUUGGCUGAGGAGCCCCCGCUCCUCCCUCCACCCUCCCCUGCCAGUGCCUCCGUGCUUAAGAUCAAAACCGAAAUGUCGGAGCCCAUCAACUUCGACAACGACAGCAGCAUCUGGAACUUUCCACCCAACCGGGAGAUCUCCAGAAACGAGUCCCCCUACAGCAUGACGAAACCCCCGCCCGCCCACGACGCCUUCCCCUCCCCUCAGGCUGGAGGUCUGCAGGUGGCCAUCCCAGACUCUGUCCUCACCCCUCCCGGCACAGAGGGUGGAGGGAACCGAAAACCCAACUUCGCUGGUGGCAGCGUCCCUACCUCCGCCUCUAGCGCCACUAGCUUGGCUCCCCCACCUUCCUCUUCUUCCUCCUCCGCCUCAGACCCCCUCUCUCCGCCCCUGUCGGCCUCCCCGCGAGACAAACAGCAGGGUACCCCCACCACGUCCAGCUCCCUGCUCUAUACCGGUGAUCUGGAGGCGCUGCAGCGGCUGCAGGCAGGGAAUGUUGUGCUUCCGCUGGUCCACCGGGUAACGGGCACCCUCGCCGCCACCAGCACUGCCACCCCACGGGUCUACACCACUGGCACCAUCCGCUACGCCCCGGCGGACGUCACCCUGGCCAUGCAGGGUAACCUCCUGCCCAACGCCCACUCCAUGAACUUUGUGGACGUCAACAGUUCCGGCUUCAGCAUCGACCCCAAGACGCCCAUGGAGAUGCUGUACCACCACGUCCAUCGGCUCAACAUGUCCGGGCCGUUCGGGGGCACCGUUAGCGGUGCCAGCCUCACCCAGAUGCCGGCGGCUAACGUGUUCACCACGGCGGAGGGGCUUUUUUCCACUCUUCCAUUCCCCGUGUACAGCAACGGGAUUCACUCCACGCAAGCUCUGGAGCGCAAAGAAGAUUGA